AUGGUAGUAAUUAUAUCUCUUCUGCUAAUAGAUAAUAAUGUUGUAACCGUUGAUAACCUAAAGGAAAUUGCUGAAGCUGCAGAAAAUUCAGCCCUUGCACAUAAGAGUAUCACUAAUUCUGAAGGAGCCUUUUCUUCAUACGCUUUAGUGAAUACAGUAUUAUCGACUGCUUCUGGUUUUAUUGGCUCGUUUAGUAAAUCAACCUUUGCUAAUCAGGUCUCUGUUGUUGCUGGAAGAGAAAGUGAAAUGAAGGUUGGUUGCGAUUAUGAUAUAGCAUGUAAUUUUAGUGAUUUAAAGUUGCCAGAGUUAAUAGGAAAAGAAGCGGCAAAAAGAGCAGUUGAUCAAUUGAAUUCACGUACAAUUAAAACUGGUAAAUUUCCAGUUAUUUUUGAAAAAAGAGCAGCAAAAGGGCUAGUAAAAAUUUUUGCUUCUGCUAUAAAUGGAGGCAGUAUUAUAAGCACCAGUUCUUUCUUGAGUGGUAGUUUAAACGCUCAGAUUUUUAACGAUAGAAUUAAUAUUAUCGAUGAUCCAUUGAUGAUUGCCAAGAGGCAUAGCAUCGAGACCAUUUGA